AUACCUUUCUUGCUAUCAGUUUCCUAACCCAGUCACUUUCCCUCUGUAUAUAGAGAGAAAAACAGAGGGAGAGACAGAGAGAGACUGCAUAAAGGCUCGCAAUACCGCACUCUCUCUUUUUCAUUACUCUCUCACAGAGAGGAAAAGGAAAACCGGAAAUCGAAAGAAACAAACCAGGAAGAAAAAGAAGAAGAAGAAGAAGCUGGAAGGCCUCGUUGAUCUUUCUCCUUCCAUUUUUCUUGCAAUCUUUAAUUUUCCAUUUGAUUACCCAUUCUACAUUUAUUUGAUUUGAUUUGAUUUGAUUUUUCUGUUGUUCCAAUUUCCUAAAUCGUCUCUUCACUUUCCCUUUCACUUCCAAUGCAAUAAAUACCAACCUUGUAUCUGUUUAAUCUGGAUAGAAUCAGCAAAACUAAAAUGUGUCGUUUCCUGUUUGUCGGUGCCGUCUUGUUCUUUGUAGUUUCUUCUUUUUCUGCUCCAUUUUGUUUUGGGAUUCGUUCUAUACCGGCGACGGAGAUUAACGGCAGUGAUGGUUUUGAAAUGGGUGUAUUCCGAUUUGCUGAAGCGCCGGAGUACCGUAAUGGGGUGGGGUGUCCAAUUUCAGGAAAUGGACAGUUUGUUUCUUCUUGUGACCCUUCUUUGGUUCACAUAGCCAUGACUCUUGACUCGGAGUAUCUACGCGGGUCAAUGGCCGCUGUUCACUCUGUCUUGAAGCACGCUUCUUGCCCUGAAAAUGUCUUCUUUCAUUUUAUCGCUGCUGAGUUCGAUCCGGCAAGCCCGCGGGUUUUGAGUCAACUCGUCCGAUCCACGUUUCCUUCACUCAGUUUCAAGGUCUAUAUUUUCCGAGAAGACACAGUUAUCAAUCUCAUCUCUAGUUCAAUCCGUCAAGCCCUAGAAAACCCACUAAAUUACGCCAGAAAUUAUUUAGGAGAUAUCCUAGAUAACUGUGUUGACCGAGUCAUAUACCUCGACUCAGAUAUCGUCGUCGUCGACGAUAUUCACAAGCUCUGGAACACAACCCUGGUCGGGUCAAAACUAAUCGGAGCACCCGAAUACUGUCACGCCAAUUUCACGAAAUAUUUCACCGAUGGGUUUUGGUCGGACCCACUUCUUUCUCGGGUUUUUUCCGCCCGAAAUCCUUGUUAUUUUAACACUGGAGUAAUGGUUAUGGAUUUGGUGAAAUGGAGAGAAGGGAAUUACAGGAGAAGAAUUGAAAACUGGAUGGAGUUACAGAGGAAGAGGAGAAUUUAUGAGUUGGGUUCAUUGCCGCCAUUUUUGCUGGUAUUUGCCGGUAAUGUAGAGGGAAUCGAUCACAGGUGGAAUCAACAUGGGCUUGGUGGAGAUAAUGUAAGAGGGAGUUGCAGGUCAUUGCAUCCAGGGCCAGUGAGCUUGUUGCAUUGGAGUGGAAAAGGGAAGCCAUGGGUAAGAUUAGAUGCUAAAAAGCCAUGUCCACUUGAUCAUCUAUGGCAGCCUUAUGAUCUUUAUAAAGGAUACGAGAACAUAAAAAUGAAGGAUUUGAAUUUGGGAUAUUUGAGUUCUUCGCAGUCUACAGUGAUGGGAUAUUCUAGUUAUUUGUGAUUCUUUUGAUUUAUUUUCUUUUUUAAAAUUUUUAGCUAACACAUUUGAAGAAAUUCUUUCUUAGAUGUGUACAGAUUAGAUGAUUGAUGGGUUUGGGAUUUCUUUUUAAUUUUUUAAUUUUCAAUUUCUUGAAAUUCAUGUGGUCUACACAUGGGGGGAUUUCAAAUUUAGGGUUCCACUGCUGUGGAACAAUUUUGGUGGGUUGAUUUCUUUGUAUGUAUUGGAAUCAUUGUGGGAGAGAAAGAAGACAAUAGAAGAAAGACGCACAUUCUUCAUUGUUUCAUUUGUUAGUGCAUUAUUCUUUUGGAAAAAAAUAAAUUUGAAAGUUCCUCUUU